AUGACGGACCAAAAUGAUGUAGAUCUCGACUCCAUUAUCGAUAGACUAUUGGAAGUCCGAGGAAGCCGACCUGGCAAGCAAGUGCAACUUUUGGAAGCAGAGAUCCGAUAUCUGUGCACCAAAGCUCGUGAAAUUUUCAUCUCGCAGCCUAUUCUACUAGAACUUGAAGCUCCUAUCAAGAUAUGCGGUGACAUCCACGGUCAAUAUUACGAUCUACUCCGCCUGUUCGAAUACGGUGGAUUCCCCCCAGAAGCCAACUACCUUUUCUUAGGAGACUAUGUCGAUCGAGGAAAGCAGUCGCUUGAGACUAUCUGCCUUUUGCUUGCGUACAAAAUCAAAUAUCCAGAGAAUUUCUUCAUUUUACGUGGCAACCAUGAAUGCGCCUCAAUCAACCGUAUCUACGGCUUUUACGACGAGUGCAAGAGAAGGUACAACAUUAAGCUUUGGAAGACAUUCACCGAUUGCUUUAACUGCUUGCCUAUUGCUGCUAUCAUUGACGAGAAGAUCUUCACAAUGCACGGUGGUUUGAGUCCUGACCUGAACUCCAUGGAGCAAAUCCGCCGUGUCAUGCGACCAACAGAUAUUCCUGACUGUGGUCUUCUCUGCGAUCUCCUCUGGUCUGAUCCUGACAAGGAUAUUACCGGAUGGAGUGAGAACGAUCGUGGUGUUUCAUUCACAUUCGGUCCCGAUGUCGUUUCACGAUUUUUGCAAAAGCACGAUAUGGAUCUGAUAUGCCGAGCACAUCAAGUCGUUGAAGACGGUUACGAAUUCUUCUCCAAACGACAGCUAGUCACCCUCUUUAGCGCGCCCAAUUACUGCGGAGAGUUUGAUAACGCUGGUGCAAUGAUGAGCGUGGACGAAAGCUUAUUAUGUUCCUUCCAGAUUCUGAAACCAGCGGAAAAGAAACAAAAGUACGUUUAUGGUGGUCUUGGUGCCAGCAGGCCCGUCACUCCUCCAAGGAAAAAAAAGUAA